AUGGGAGUCCAGGAUUCAUCUCUGCACCGUGUGACGUAUUUUUUGGUCGUUGUUGUCCAGAUGCACCUCGUCGAGGGAGAUCUGAGCUAUUCUCUAUCAGAGGAGAUGAAGCAAUCAUCUGUUGUUGGAAAUAUUGCCAAGGACAUGGGUGUUGACCUGAGAAUAUUGUCCGCACGGAAAGCCCGUAUUGACGUUGAAGGGACACGUAAGCAGUAUUGUGAGAUUAAUAUGAGCACUGGCGACUUGAUCACAGUGGAGAGAAUUGAUAGAGAAAGUCUUUGUGACAAAAAACCCUCAUGUAUGAUAAAACUGAAUCUGGUGUUAGAAAAUCCACUGGAGCUGCAUCGUAUUGUUCUUCAUAUUCAAGAUGUAAAUGACAACUAUCCAAAAUUCCAAAAUAAUUUAAUUGAAAUGGAGAUAAGGGAGUCGGCAGAUAAGGGCAGCCGUUUUUCCAUUGAGGAGGCCCAUGAUGCAGAUAUAGGUCAAAAUGCUGUUCAACAAUAUAUUCUUCAAAGAAAUGGAAAUUUUAUUAUUUCUAUUGACAACAACAAAGUUGAACUCGUUCUUGAAAAUAAGCUUGAUCGAGAAAAGCAAAGUGAGAUGAAUUUGCUUCUCACAGCUUUAGAUGGCGGCUCUCCUCAGAGAUCAGGUACAGUAGUCAUCCACAUUACUGUACUGGACGCUAAUGAUAACGCCCCUAUAUUCAGUCAGGCAGUUUAUAAAGCCAGCCUGCCUGAAAACUCUCCUCCAGAUUCAAUCGUGAUUAGUGUUAGUGCAACUGAUGGAGAUGAAGGAGUAAAUGGAGAUGUGACUUACGAUUUUGGCCAUGUCUCAGAUGAUAAUGUUAAUGUAUUUUCUAUUGAGCCCACUACAGGUGUAAUUAGAGUAAAGGGUUUGAUUGAUUUUGAGGAGAAAUCCACUUAUGAAAUUGGUAUCAAAGCUAAAGAUGGUUUAGGCCUGACAUCCUAUGGUAAAAUUAUUGUAGAUAUUACUGAUGUAAAUGACAACACCCCUGUGAUCAAUUUAAAGGCACUGUCUAAUUCCGUAGCAGAAAAUGUGUCACCUGGUACUGAGGUGGGGAUCAUUAAUGUGCAAGAUAGAGACUCUGGGAAAAAUGGACAGGUCCACUGCUCCAUUAAGCAAAAUGUCCCCUUCAAGUUAGUUUCGUCUAUUCCAAACUAUUACUCCCUGGUAACGACUGGACAACUGGACCGUGAGUUUGUGUCUGAUUACAACAUAACAAUUAGUGCCACUGAUGAGGGCUCACCUCCUCUGUCCUCCUCCCAAAUUCUUCACUUGACUGUAGCAGACAUUAAUGAUAAUCCACCCAUGUUUGAGGAAGAGUCUUACAGCGCUUACGUGAGUGAAAAUAAUAAAGCCGGCUCCACUUUAUGUUCCGUUAUUGCCCGAGACCCCGACUGGAGACAGAACGGUAGUGUGAUUUAUUCUGUGUUAGCAGCUCAGGUGAACGAUGCCCCAGUGUCAUCCUAUGUGUCAGUAAACGGAGACACGGGGGUGAUCCACGCCGUUAGGUCGUUUGAUUAUGAACGUUUGAGGAGCUUUCAGGUCUACAUUAUGGCCAGAGACAAUGGUUCUCCUCCUUUGAGCAGCAACGUGACCGUCAGUGUGUUUGUCAUAGACGUGAACGACAAUUCUCCUCAGAUAUUGUACCCCACCACAGAGAGCAACUCCUUCAUGACCGAGCUGGUCCCCAAAGCUGCACAAGGAGGCUCCAUAGUUUCCAAAGUGAUAGCUGUAGACACAGACUCAGGACAGAAUGCCUGGCUGUCCUAUCACAUAGUCAAGUCCACAGACCUGGGACUUUUCACUAUUGGUUUGCACAGUGGAGAGAUCAGGACCCAGCGGGACAUUUUGGAAUCUGACAGCAUGAAACAGAACCUGAUUGUGGAAGUGAAAGAUAAUGGACAACCUCCUCUCUCUGCUACCUGCUCCAUGUAUUUGCUUCUUUCCGAUAACUUGGCUGAAGUCCCAGAACUGAAAGACAUUUCUUAUGAGGAGAAAAAUUCCAAACUGACCUCUUAUCUUAUCAUCGCUCUUGUUUCUGUGUCCACCUUCUUUCUGACAUUCAUCAUCAUCGUCCUGGCUGUGAGGUUUUGUCACAGGAGAAAGCCCAGGCUCUUGUUUGAUGGAGCAGUUGCUAUCCCCAGCGCAUAUCUUCCUCCUAACUACGCAGAUGUUGACGGCACUGGAACGUUACGCAGCACAUACAACUAUGAUGCCUACUUGACGACAGGUUCCAGAACCAGUGACUUUAAGUUUGUUUCUUCUUACAAUGACAACACUCUGCCUGCCGAACAGACACUGAAGAAAAGUCCAACUGACUUUUCUGACCCUUUUGAAGAUCUUGAGUACUCUGUGGAGGUAACAUUUGAAUAG